GGAAAGAAAAUGCGAUGGUAAGGCAUUUUGACCCUUGACACUUUCCGUAACACGCAGUUGAACAACGUGCGCGCAGUGUAGUGAAGACUUUUGGUGUUUUAGAGCUUAAAGUGCGAUUUACUUACACUCAACAUAAGAGAAGGAUGGCUGAAAACCAAGGAGAGAUGUCUCCCAUUGAGAUGAAAGUGGCUCGUCAAGUAGAGUAUUACUUUGGGGAUCACAACCUUCCAAGAGACAAGUUUCUGAAAGAGCAGCUGCAGCUUGAUGAUGGUUGGGUGAUGCUGGAGACCAUGCUUAAAUUCAACAGACUGAAAGCUUUAACUACAGAGAGCAGCGUCGUCAUUUCAGCACUCCAGAAAUCGAAGAGUGGUCUCUUGGAGAUCAGCGAGGACAAGACAAAAAUAAGGAGGUCUCCAGAUAAACCCUUACCAGAACAGAAUGAUGAAUACAAAGACGCAGUGAAACACAGAUCUGUGUACAUUAAAGGUUUUCCUCUUGAAACAACUCUUGAUGAGGUUCAAGAGUGGCUGAACGAGAAAGGCAGCAUAGAGAGCAUUCAGAUGAGAAAAAACGUCCAUCGGCAGUUCAAGGGAUCCGUGUUCCUCUGCUUUGAAACAGAGGAAUCAGCGAAGCAGUUCCUGGAACGGACCGAUGUAAAAACAUUUAAAGACAACGAGAUGCUCGUCUUGUCCAGGGAAGCCUACCAUGCAAAGAAGGCAGAAGAGAGGAAAAACUACAAAGCAGAGACGAAAGCUAAAGCAAAGCAAGAGAAACAGCAGCAGCAGAAAAAUGCUGAGGAAAAAGAAAUGGGUUUGCUUCUGGAUGAACAGACUGGAUGUUUAUUAAAGUUUUCUGGAGAGCUCAAAAAUGUUUCAAGAGAGGACUUCCAUGCCACGUUCUCUGGGCACGGAAAGAUCAAGUGGGUUGACUUCACAAGAGGAGCCAACGAGGGUACACUUCUGUUUGAUGGGAACGCAAAAGAAGCCUUUGAGAAAGCCAAAGAGUCAAACGAAGGGGAGCUGAAAAUGAAGGGCAGCAGCGUUACAUGGCAGGUGCUGGAGGGAGACGAAGAGAAAGAGAUGCUGAAGAAGAUCAUCGAAGCCCAACAGGAAUCGUACAAUCGAUCAAAAGGCAGAGGUGGGAGAGGAAGAUCCGGCGGCAGAGGAAGAGGAGGCCGAAGGGGAAGAGGUGGCAGAGAUCAAGGCAGGACUCAGUUCCAGGGAAAGAAAACAAAAUUCAAUAGUGAUAAUGAGGAUGACGAUGAGGGUGAGGAAGGUAAGUGUAAAUAUUGA